CUCGGGCGGCGGUGGCUCAUUUGCAGGAAUUUUUACCCGAAAGCGACACCCUUGGCGGCCUGCAUGUCACAACCAUCGGCGCGGAUGGUGGGGAAACAGCGGCCGCGGCCUACCUGAUUCAACUUCUGGCAGAUAUCCUGGAGCGCCGCUUCACGCCUCUCUCCGCCGGCCGCAGGCAUCUGCCUCGUGGUGUUGAACUCCGGAUGGGAAUCCGCGCUCAGUGUGAGACGAUGCACCAAGUGGCG